UGCCAGGCGGAAGCGCAGGGGGCGCAUCCCGGCGGACGCGCGUCCAGAGUUUCCCUCUGCCGAGCGGGGACCUGAGCCGCGGCACAAGAAUGGGGAACAGUGCCCUCCGAGCUCAUGUGGAAACCGCGCAGAAAACGGGUGUCUUUCAGCUCAAGGACCGUGGGCUGACAGAGUUCCCCUUAGACUUACAGAAGCUGACGAGCAAUCUCAGGACCAUCGACUUGUCCAACAACAAGAUCGACAGCCUGCCGCCUCUGCUGAUCGGGAAGUUCACGCUGUUGAAGAGCCUCUCCCUGAACAACAACAAACUGACUGUUCUGCCUGAUGAGUUAUGCAAUCUGAAAAAACUAGAGAUGCUAAUCCUAAACAACAAUCACCUGAGAGAGCUGCCAUCUACCUUUGGGCAACUCUCUGCUCUCAAGACCCUGAGCCUCUCUGGGAACCAACUCCGAGCACUGCCCCCCCAACUUUGUAGCCUUCGGCACCUGGAUGUGAUGGAUCUCUCUAAGAACCAGAUUCGGAGUAUACCUGACUUUGUGGGGGAGCUGCAGGUCAUCGAACUCAACCUCAACCAGAACCAGAUAUCGCAGAUCUCAGUGAAGAUAUCAUGCUGUCCUCGGCUCAAAGUUCUUCGUCUGGAAGAGAACUGUCUUGAGCUCAGCAUGCUUCCGCAGAGUAUCCUUAGUGAUUCUCAGAUCUCUCUGCUUGCUGUAGAAGGCAAUCUUUUUGAGAUAAAGAAGCUUCGAGAACUGGAAGGCUAUGAUAAGUACAUGGAAAGGUUCACAGCCACCAAGAAGAAGUUUGCAUGAUGUUCUCCGGGAGCAUGGGAACCUUAUAGGACACUAACUGGGAACCUGGCUGAGUCAAAGGCUCCUGCCCUUGUCAAGGAUACCUGCAGUAAGGAGCGAGCUGACACUCCGGGAGAUAUUUCACUCAACAAGCAUCACUUCAGAUGAGCUAAGAGGAAAAGAUCAAGACAUGGGAAGGGUCCUCCAUUUGGAAUCAUGGAUAGGGCAAUGGGCAAUGCUGAUCUUUAAAGUCAUCAUUUGUUAGGCUUGAAGAAAUCAGAAGCUAGUUGCUAUUUGUAUAGUGAGGGGGUGCUGCCUAGUUACAAAAUAGCUCAACGCCACAGCUCGAAAUUUCAGUUUCAGUUUUAAAGUGUGAGCUUUCAUAAAGUCAACUGCCAUUCCAUCUCUGUUAACACUUCAUCUGUCUAUGAAAUUCAAAGUUUGUGUAGGCUGCUCUGGUUAAUUGAAGGGUUUGUGAUUUUAUUCCUGUCCAUCAGUUGUCUGUAGAAUUUAGGAUGUACCUAAAUAAUAUGGGACUGUCUGUCGGGACUCAAUGUGUGCUUUGUCAGAGAAGCAUCAGACAACACUAAGAGAUGCUCCCCAAGGCUGCAGCAGUAAACUUUUUACUAUUGCAGGUGCCUUAUUAGUAGAGGUCUCUGAAGAGAGAAAACCAUAUAUGCAAAACUUGUAAAAUAAAAGGAAUUUUAAUAAUCAAGAUCUUCCUGAAUUUUUGUUAAAAACAAUGUCUUAUUUCCCUUUCCUCUUUUUGUAUUUAUAACUCUACUAAUCCAACUACCUAUCAAGAAACUAUUGCUACAAUAUUUUAAAACAAUCAAUGUUUAUCAAGUUUAUUCUCUGGGUGAGAGAAUAUACUAAAUAAAGAAUUUUUAAUGAA